UCCAUCCACAAGCAAGUCAUAUCUGCUCUCGUCGAGUAAGUUCAGUGCACACACACACACACACACACACACAGCCCGUCUCUCCGCCGCCUCUUCCUCCUCGGCUCGCUUCAGUUCCUCGUACCUCUGCACCACCACCCGGGGGUUCCGCCGGAACGCUCGCCCCGAGAGAGGAGCGCCAUGGCCCGCGUGGUGGUUGAAGGGAUGCCGGAGACGACCGUCAGAGGAGGAGUGAUGCUGAACCGACGGAGGAGCAAAGCCAGGCGGAGAAAGCGAAAGGAGUUGUUCGCCGUCCAGAUGUGCUUCGCGGGGGCACUGCUGGGGCUCGUCGUGGGGCUCCAGUCCGUGGCACGGAAAGCAGGAUAUCACGUUUCCAGCGCCAUCGUUGAGGAGGGUGCGAGGUGGGAGAGUCGUCAUCUCCUACAAGAAGUCUUUGAAAAUGGGUCUCAGCUCUACUCUGAGCCUGAGAAAAACUGCACAGAACCAGCAAUUCACGAGUUCCCCAGAGAUUACUUCACCAACCAGGAGCGAAUGGACGGAGCUGUGGGCCUGCACGUCCUCUGUGCGGUCUACAUGUUCUACGCCCUGGCACUGGUCUGCGAUGACUAUUUUGUCCCCUCACUGGAGAAGAUAUGUGAGCGUCUCCAACUCAGUGAGGAUGUUGCAGGAGCGACCUUCAUGGCAGCAGGCAGUUCAGCUCCUGAGCUGUUUACCUCUGUGAUCGGAGUGUUCAUCACUAAAGGUGACGUCGGGGUCGGCACCAUCGUGGGCUCAGCCGUCUUCAACAUCCUCUGCAUCAUCGGAGUGUGUGGUAUAUUUGCUGUGCAGAGUAUACGUCUCUCCUGCUGGCCUCUGCUCAGAGACUCUGUCUACUACACCUUGUCUAUCUCUGCUCUCAUAGUGUUCAUUUAUGAUGAAAAAGUGGUUUGGUGGGAAGCGCUCACGCUGAUUCUGAUGUAUUUCGUCUACAUUUUGAUCAUGAAGAUGAACUCCUACAUUGUUCGUUUUCUGGAGAGGCAGAAGAAGAACUCGUCCACUUUGAGAAACGGCGCGGCCAGUAACGCUGAACUAGAUGACGGCUGUGAUGCGACUGCAGUUCUACUUAAGAAAGCAAACCACCACAGGAAACCGUCGGUGCUGAUGGUAGAUGAGCUGCUGUCUGCGUACCCCCACCAGCUGACCUUCUCCGAGGCCGGCAUGAGGAUCAUGAUCACCAGCCACUUCUCCCCCAGAACCCGCCUCACCAUGGCCUCCCGGAUGCUCAUCACCGAGAGACAGCGCCUAAUCAACACGCGGACUCUGACCAAUGGCGACUCCGAUGUUACUGCGAAAGGAGGAAGUAGGCGAGGCGUAGAAAAUGGGCUGUCUGGGGUCGAGCGGGGCGCUCGCCAGGAUGAGGCGGGCAACGAGACGGAGAACGAGGACAAUGAGAACAACGAAAAUGACGAGGAAGAAGAAGAGGAGGAAGGGGAGGGACCCUUCGUUCCCCACCAGUGUCCAGCCGGUGUGUGUAACAAGCUGAAGUGGCUGCUGGCCUGGCCUCUGUGUCUGCUGCUGUACUUCACCGUCCCUAACUGCUCCACACCUCGCUGGGACAACUGGUUCUUGCUGUCCUUCGCAUGCUCCACCCUGUGGAUCGCCGGCUUCUCGUACAUCAUGGUGUGGAUGGUGACUGUGAUAGGUUUUACACUUGGUAUCCCAGAUGUCAUCAUGGGCAUCACCUUCCUGGCAGCCGGCACCAGCGUCCCAGACUGCAUGGCAAGCCUAAUAGUGGCACGACAAGGAAUGGGAGACAUGGCGGUGUCCAACUCCAUCGGCAGUAACGUGUUUGACAUCUUGGUGGGGCUUGGACUCCCCUGGGCCUUGAAGACCCUGGCGAUCAGCUAUGGCUCUGAUAUCAAGCUCAACAGCAAAGGACUGAUCUUCUCUGUGGGGCUCCUGCUCGCAUCUGUGUUUAUAACUGUACUGGGAGUUCACCUGAACAAGUGGACGUUGGACAAGCGUCUGGGUUUCACCUGUCUCCUCCUCUACUCCGUCUUCCUGUGCUUCUCCUGCCUCAUCGAGUACAACAUCUUCACCUUCGUCAACCUGCCGACCUGCCGGGAUGACUGAGACGCACGCGCGCCCACACACACACUGAUGUACAUACGUGCACACGCACUCACUCUAGAAAUGGUGUUUUGCAAAGGGAUUCCAAGCAACGUAUUAAAUGCUGUACAUGGUGA